UCGGCGCCGCUGCUCCGCCCCGGGCCUUGGAUUGGCGGGAGGCCGCGGCUCCUCCCAGCGCGGGUCGGGGGCCGAGCGAGGGAAGCGGGACGGAGGAGACGUCGGCGAAGGUAGCGCCGGAGGAGGAGGAGGAAAGAGGAGGAGGAGAAGCGCCGCCGCCGCCAGCAGAAGCAGAAGGAGCGUCGGAGGCCCCCGAGCCGGCCCCUCGCCAGAAAUGCCCUUCAAAGGAUUGUGCCGAACACCGAGGGUGCUGUGAUGUCUGAAACUGCGCAGAGGGGCUUCUCCCUGAAGCGUUUUUUAGGUGCCAAAGACCCAGUUGACCGCCGUGUGGAGCGAGAUAAGUUCAGGCAGGAGCCCCACCGGAGGACCGGGAUGGAUUGGCUGUGACAACCUGCCGCAGGUGGAGGUGGAGGGGAGAGUUAUGAUGAAGAGUUCCUGCCGAGCUGGCCUCCACCGGGAACUGCUGAAUUCCACAUCCUCCGCGUUACACCCGGUCAAACGAAUAUCUGGCAUGCACUUAAAGCCCUAUCUCAAGUUACAGAAGAAAGAACGGCCUCUGGAAAUAAGCCUGGACCCUCCCCGAAGCCCACCAAUGAGCCAGCCCAGGUUGGCAAAAGAGGAGAAGCCCCGCAGCCCCGAGCCAAGCCUCUUUCCAGCCCCCCCUCUCCGGAAGCCAUUGGGGACCCUCUCCCCCAACACCAUCGGCAGCAGCAGGAGCCACGCCGAAGGGCCCGGCGGGAAGGAGAGGAGAGCCGCCCUCCCGGCCACCAUCCACCAGGGGGACGACGGAGAGGGGCCACUGGACAUCUGGGCCAUCGUGAAACCGGGGAACACAAAGGAGAAGGUCGCCUUCUUUGCGGCCCAGCAAUGCGGCGACCGCAGCCGGGUGCUCUCCGUGAAGAACAAGAGCACCUGGGACAUCGACGGGAGGUCCACUAAGCGCAGGAAAAAGUCGCUGGAUAUCAAGAAGGCAAAAGUCCACCUGGAAAGGAUGAGGGAGGCCAGUGGGAGGUGCUACCAGCCUGAGCCAUUUGCCUGCGGCAUCGAGCACUGCUCUGUCCAUAAUGUGAAUGACGGCCUGGAGGGGGGCUUCCCGGGGCGGCCCCUGUCUGUCGUCGAGAUGGUUGCUUUCUUGGAGCAAAGAGCCAGCGUCUUGCUGGCCGACUGCUCCAAAAACUGCCCCAGUGCCUCUGCUGUGACCAAGUUCCCUGGCCAGCCCAAAGCCGCUCCCCUAGCCUCUCCUGGACCUUUCCUCACCUCGGGAGUCUGCGAAGCUCCCUCUGAAAAGGCAGCCUGUGGGGCGAGCAGCAGCAGCAGCGAUGGGGAGCAGCAGGCAGAGCCCCUUCGAGUGCUGGACAUGGUGGCCAAGCUGGAGUCGGAGUGUCUCCGGCGCCAGAAUGAACGUGAAGCAGGGUCGCUCUCGAGGAACAACAGCUUCCGGCGGAACGUGGGGCGGAUGCUGCUGGCGAGCGGGGCGCCCCCGGAGAACGACGCUGGCAAGGCGCCCCCAGAAGCUCCCAGCCAGGAAGAGCCCUGUCCGCCGCUGGAAGGCCAGCUAUCUUCGAUCGCAGACGCCCGUGCUGGGAACGGCCUUCUCGUGCUCGAGCAGGGAGGGUCGGUCUCCUCCAGCCGCGGCUGGCUCGGUUCUGAGAAGGCGAGCAAACCCACAUAUCCGGAAGCUGCUCAGGCGCCCCCACAUUCCUUGCACAGCAGAAAAGCGACGGUUGAUUGUACGCCGAAGGAGCCGGCCACUCUUCCCAGCCUGGCUCCCAGUGCGCGAGUGAGAGAGUCCGUGAGCAUUAGUAUCUCUGUCACCAAGAGGGACGCCGGCUGUAGAGCCGCCCAGCCUUCCGACACCGCCUUGGGCGAAGACCCUCUUCCGGGCAGACUCUUCUUGCUCCUGUCCAGGUGCGAGCCCACCCAGGAGUGCCUGCGCUCGGGGGAGACCCUCCCCGAAGAGUGCCGUGUGGGUCCUCAAGGGAAGGAAACCUCCCUGGGCGAUGAAGCCCUGCGCCUGCCCGCCCUCGCUCCCGGGGAGCCCCAGGAGGCGCCCUCGGAAAGCGCCCCGCAGGCCCUCGCCUCCUCGCGCCUGAAGCGGCAGAGAUCUCACGACUUCCUGGAGACCAGGUUCAAAAUCCAGCAGCUCCUGGAGCCGCAGCAGUACCUCCUCUUCCUUCCUCACCACAUCAUCGUGAAGAUUUUUGGGCUUCUGCCCACCCGCAGCCUGGUGGCCCUCAAGUGCACCUGCGGGUACUUCAAGUUCCUCAUCGGGUACUACAACAUCCGGCCGGCCGACUCCCGCUGGGUCCGCGACCCCCGCUACCGAGAAGACCCCUGCAAGCAGUGCAAGAAGAAGUACACCAAGGGCGACGUCUCGCUGUGCCGCUGGCACCCCAAGCCCUAUUGCCAAGCGCUGCCCUACGGACCCGGCUACUGGAUGUGCUGCCACAGGUCCCAGAGGAGCGUCCCCGGCUGCAGGCUCGGCCUUCACGACAAUCACUGGGUGCCUGCCUGCCACAGCUUUAACCGUGCUCUGCACAAGAAGCCCAGGGAAGCGGAAGAGGACUGUUAGCAUGCCCUCCCUGGCGCAGUCUUUGUGGAGCCUCACAUCCUUGGUGGGGAGGGGAAAAGAUGUUUUAUGCCUUGUGAUGUUUACACUGUAUAUAAUUUUGUGGGUGGUUUUUUUUUUUUUUUGGUCCCCCCCUCCCCCUUUCUAUUUCCCGCUUCCACAGGGCUAUGAAGAAACUGCACAUGACUUCUAAAUCACAAGAGCCUUUUUUAACCUUUUAGAGAAAGAGAGAGAGAGAGAGAGAGAGAAAUAGCCCUUCCGUGUACAUAAUAUUCCCAGAAUCUCCUUGUCCAUCAGAGUGACUUGACAGCUGGUUGACCAACGUUGAAGAUCACUACAACGCAGCUACGAGAGUGUUGCGGCUACAAGUCCCGUGUCGUCGUCGUUGUAAAAAGCAACAACUGUGUCUCAUUUUCAAAUCUGUAUAUCCUGUACAAAAAUAUACAUAUAUAAAUAUAUAUAAAUAUAAAUAUA